CAUUUCAACUUUUAAACAAUAAUUACCUAUUUUUUAUUAUUAAAAAGCGAAACUCGAAAUUUCUAAAAUGAAAUUCUUAAUUUUACUAUCACUCUUCAGUUUAGCUGCUUUAGUUGCAUCAGAUGGUGCACAAUGGGGUUCAAGACAACCAAAUGAUCGUUUAUUGGAAGUUAGAACAUAUACAAAAGGAUCAUUCCCAUUGAAAAAAGUCACCAUGAAUGUUGAAUAUAGAGGAUUCACCCCGAUCACUUUUAUAAGAGCUAUUGAUAAUUCAUCUGGUGGCAAUGCAUCAAUUUUAAGUGGCGGUGUUGGUUCAACAAAUGCUGUUGUUCGUUUAAAAUCUGGUCGUGGUAAAAAAUUAAAUUUCACUAUUGAAAUUUAUGGCAGAUAAAUAACUAUUUAAUAUUUAAAUGGAAUUGUAAUUUGAUUACUAAUUUUAGAAUAUAAAAAAAUUAAAAUGUAAAACGACAUGCAAGAAAUUUAUAAUUGUAUAACAACAAAGGCAAUAGUUUUAUAAUACCUAUAUAAUAAUUUAGUAUAUAGAUAAAGCAAUUAAAA